ACAUUUUUGACUGCCAAAGUCUACCGUUGAAUUCCAAGCUGAAGGUGACAUGUUCGAACGAGGGAUGCUGGAAGAUUCGUCGUGAUGUGCUGCUACAAUCAAUGCGAACGAGAGCGACAACUCAUCAUCAUACCAACCCCGGUAUCGAACUAGGGCACGCAAACGGAAUGGAAAGAAAAGAAUGGUAGAUGCAUCCACAGACACAAAAUACAUGAAGGAUACAUCCCAAACACUUUCUUCCGCCACUUCCUUCAACCUGCGAGUUUCUUGCGCUCGUCAGCUUCUGAUUCGGCUCUCGGACGACGGGAAAUCUUCGUGAUCCUCCUCCUCCUCUCUCUCUGUCGCUAAAUUGGUUUUUUAUUCUUCUCUAUAUGCAGCGCAAUGGCUAUCUGAAGGGGAAAAGAAUAGAUAGGCCUGCUGGUGUAUAGAAGAGAGGAAAGAAGUUGUAGGAGGCAGCGACUUGGGGUGGAGAAGAGACAUACUAGAAAGAUGCCUAAGUGGCUACAGUAUGUGGGGUUCGUCUUGGGCCUGCCUUUUACUUUGGCUUCAGUGGCCAUCACCAUGGCCAUCGCUAUGUUCGGCUUCAUCUUCAUGCUCUUGGCGUGGACACUGUCUUGCUGCUCCUCGUGCUGCUGGUCGUACCACGAGAUGAGGGGGGUGGUGAAGAUUCUCGCCACUAUCCAUCUUUAUGUCGUAGGCUGGUUCACCUGCGAUCCAUUGUGGUCACCAGAACCAGUCAUAGAAAACAGGCAGGAUUACCAACACCAUUACCCUUCCCCAGAUGAUGUUGUCAGAAUGGCACCACAACUAUCACCUCCUUUACCAAUCACUACCAUCGGCUCAAUGAAUUCAUUGUCACCCAAAUCACUUACUGUUUCGGCUGGCUUAACCAAGAGAAGCUUCACGUAUCAAGAGUUGGUGAUUGCAACGAACAACUUCUCUGCAGCUAAUCUGCUGGGAGAAGGUGGUUUUUCGCAUGUGUACAAAGGGACUCUUUCUAAUGGCACAGAAGCAGCAAUCAAGCGAUUGAAAGAUGCUAGCAAGCAGACUGAUGCUGAAUUCAUGAAAGAGGCUAACAUACUGAGUCUUGUGCACCACAGGAAUCUUGUUUCGCUGAUUGGAUGCUGCAUUUCUGAAGGCAAUCGGCUACUGGUUUGUGAAUAUGUCCCCAACAAGACCUUGAAGUUCCAUCUAGACGAUAGAGAUCAACCUACAUUGGCUUGGAAGGACAGAUUUAGAAUUGCCUUGGACUCUGCAAAAGGCCUGGCAUAUUUGCAUGAAGACUGUCAACCAAGGGUCAUUCACCGUGACAUUAAGGCAGCCAAUAUUCUUCUGGAUCACUCUUUUAGAGCAAAGAUUGCAGAUUUUGGGAUUGCAAAGUAUUUUUCAGAUGAGAAAACACAUAUUUCCACUGUUGUGAAGGGUACUUAUGGAUACCUGUCUCCAGAAUAUGUUUCUACUGGACAACUCACAGAUAAAUCUGAUGUUUUCUCUUAUGGAGUGUUGCUCUUGGAGCUCAUCACUGGGCGAAGGCCUAUAGGUCUGGCUGAUUGGGCAAGACCAUUACUGAAGCAAGCAUUGGAAGAUGGCAAAUAUGAUGUCCUUGUGGAUCCACUUUUACGGAGCUACUACAAUCCUAUUGAGCUCGGGAGAAUGGUUGCUUGUGCCUAUGCUUGUUUGCACCACUCAGCAUCUCUUCGGCCAAGCAUGAGUCAAAUUGUCCGGGCUUUAGAAGGACUUGUUUCUCUUGGAGAUUAUACUAUUGAAAUUGAACCUGGGAUGUUAUCAGCAAAUAUUUUGGACCAAUAAAUUCUGAAAUCAGCUAUAGAAGACUCCCCAAAACCCAGCUGAAUAGCUGUGAAGAGGUCUCUGUGACAAUAUUUUGGGCUUUUCCUAUUUCUCAAUUGAAUUUUUAGUAUGAACUUUAAGCUGAAUAUAUUGCCAACAGAAGAUUUUGAGUAGCAAAGAUAUCCGUGUCGAUGGCGGCAAAUCUUGGUGUUACAAUAAGAUUGCUCCUCUAUGAUCGUCAUAAAAAUGAAAUUGUUAUGUAUAUUGAUUUUCUUUAGAUUCUUUACAUUGAAAAUGAAAAUUGUUACAAUAAGAUUUCUUUACAUUGAAAAUAAUUUAUAUUCUUGAAUGAAGUAUGCCUGUUGAAGAUUCA